CACAUCAUGCAUCAGUCCGCAAACACACCCAUACACUCACUCUCUACACCGAUUCACACCCUGGCGAAGUUGUAUCUCACGGCCGUCUGUCUCCCAUUUUUACCCCUCUCAACACGCACAAGAGGGGAGGAUGUCACGUGACCCCCACCCCCUCCCCCUCUCCCGCCACCUAACACACACGACCCACCCCCACUCAAAUCAUCCUCCGGCCUCCGGUUCACAUGCCCGGCAAAAGGAGACGGCCGCUGUGCCGAAGGCGGCAGUAACGGCACCUUGUCUGUCGUGCCGCCCGUACGCACCGGUGAGGGCUGUUCGAGUGCUGUCAGGUCCGCUGCUUUGGUAUGGGGUGUGAGGUGGGGCGGGGUGGCUGGGAUGGGGGCGGGCGCAGGUGGGGAUGGCUGGCCUGAGUCAUAGCUUGGGUCGGGAGGAGGUGGGCGAUGAGGGGGUGUGCGGCGGAAGCCGAGAGCGAGGUCCGAGCUGAGAGUCAGCCGCUUGCUAGCAGCAGCAGCAGCCACCGAUUCUGGCACGUCACCAACACCACUAUCAGCACCCCCAUCCCUCUCUGCUUUCGGCGCUUGACGGACUGGCGACGAGAGAAGGAUCUCCUCUUCUGCUGCUGCUGCUGCUGCCACUCCACUAGCCUGCUGCGGCUCUCGGUCUUGGCAUGUUUGCUCCUCUAUGCUGUCCCCACCCCAGCUGCGCGAGAAAACAUCAGCCGGCUCGCUCCUCGUCUCCCACAACACACCUGCCAUAUCGUCCUCUUGCUCUUGCUCUUCCGCUGCUGGCUGGUCUUCCUUGACUGCUGCUGGUGGCGGUGCGGCGAUUUGCGUGUGGUCGGGUAGUGGGUCUCUAUCGGUGCAACCACCCCACAGCUGCUGCUGCUGAUGCUCAUCUUGCUCCUCGUCCCUGCUGGACCGGUGUGUGGGGGGGAUGAUGCGCAGCCGCAGCUGGGGCGGCUGGCUGUGGCCGCCUGGCGUGUGCUGCUGGUGGCCAUCCUCGUCGGCGGCAUCGUCUGACGCAACAGCCAUGAUGAGGCCGCCCACGUCGUCUCCUCCUUGUUCGCCCUCCUCAUAGGUGUCGUUCUGUGUCUGUUGGUCGCCCUCCAACUCGCGGAUCCGUGUCUCGCUGGCCUGCAGCUGGUUGGCAAGCUCGUGUGAGAGCUGCUGCGCGCCCAUCAGCUGUUGCUCUAACAUCCACACCUCCCUCUCCCUCUCUGUAGCACUAGCACCGUCCGUCUGGCAGCCACCUUCAGCCGUGACGGCCUCCUUCCGCCGAACCAGGCGGGCAUUCUCACUCUGAAGCGUGGCGAUCUGAACGCACACCAAAACAUGCAGAAUGCGCCCCCUUCUCUCUCUGUAUCUGUGUGGGUGUGGGUGGGCGUACCUCUGCUUCAAGCGCAGCAGUUGUGUCGGCAUGAGCAGCCUCUGUCUGGCGUUGCUGCAGCUGCAGGUCGGCCACACACUUCUCGAGAGCGCGGGUGCGCUGCCGAAGCUCAUGGCGCUCCUGCUCGUGGGCACGCACCUCGCCCUAACACACCCAUGCAUGAUACACACACACACACAAGGAGACCGUGUUGGCGUGUUCUGGGUGUGUCGACUACCUUGAGCGAGGCGUUGCGUUCCUGUGCUGCGGCCAUCUCUGUUUCUAGGUCCCGCAGUGCGCUCCUGAGGCCAUCUAGCGACUUCUUCUCGUCCGCACUCUCCUUCUGCAGCCGGUCUCUCUCGCUCUCAGCAUCCCUCAGCUGGCUGGUCAGCCUUUCGAUAGUCUGCUUGUGGUGGCUAUGCUGGGUCUUCAAUGACUACACACACACGAGACAGACAAUGCAUGGAGUUCUGCGUGCGGGUACGUGUACGUGUUCCCUCUCUGUUCGGACACAGACCUGUGUUUGUGCGGAUGACUGGGCGGCCUCCUCGGUCAAUGCUGCGAACCGCCUCUCAGCCUCGCCCAACUGCUGCUCGAGGAAACCCACCCGCCCCUCCAGCUCAAUCUUCGCCCGCAUCCCUUCCUGCUCCACACGCCGCCUCGCCCCACAGGCACCCUCCUUCUCCCGACGCAGCGUCGCAACCCGCCCCUCCAGGUCGGUUUUCUCCCUCAUCAGCUCGGCAGCCAGCGACUUCUGCAUCAGCAGACACUCUAACGCCUCGUCGCGGUCCUUGGUGACGCGAUCCAUGUCGACUCGCAUGGCCGCCAGCUGCUGCGGGAUGGUCGUGUGUGUGGGUGGUGGAGUGUCGGUCUCGACGCUGACUGUGCGAUGGGUGGUGGUCUUACGAUGCACCGGCUUUGUUGUGGGCUGCCGAUGGACCACCUUGGCUGCUGCUGCUGGUGCUGCUGGUGCGGGUGGGGGGAGAGGGGGAGAAGGUUUGCCCGCAGCUGCCGCUGUGCCGGUGGAAAGGGAUUGUGUGAGUUUCUUGGUGUCCUUCUGGGCAGUGGACAGCUGAGAGGCCGACAGGACAAUGUCUUUGGCCGCCGCCGUCGCAGCAGCAGCAGCAGCAGCAGCAGGCCGAACAGGGGGAGGGAGAGGGGGGCUGGGUGGCUGUGCCGCUGCUGCUGAUCCUGUCGGGGUCUGUGCGUGGGGCGUCUUAUUCCAGCCAAAGAGAGACGACCGCUGAGGCCUCCUAUCGCCACCAGCACCCCCACCUCCAGUCGUAUCGUCUACAUCACCAUCACCACCCCCACCAGCACCAGCAUCACCAAUGUCUACCUCAGGCAGCAGGCUGAGCUUGAAUGACGGCACGGCAGGCGCCAUCGCCCCACCCUUGCUGCCAACCCCUCCAGCACCGACCCCCAGCUGAAGCUCCCUUUGCCGCGACACUGGCAACUCGGCAAAGGGCCGAUGACUCACAGUGACCCGCCCGUAGACGCCCUUGUCGCCAUGAUCUGGCCUGUCCAUACUCGGCGAGGAGGUGGCCUGCUGUGGCUGUGGCUGUGGCGGUGUGGGCUGGUGGCCGGAUGGCACAUGGGACGAGAACCUUACCAGCGCGUCAAGGGCCGCCAGCUGCACAUGAUAGACAGACAUACCGACGGAUGAAUUGCAUCUCGUUGUCUUUCUGGCUGGGCUGCAUGCCCUAAUUGCGUGUAUGCACACCCACCUGGUUCUGCACAGACUCUAUCUCUGUUGCAAUCGUGGCGCGGGCGUCACCCCGAGGCCCGGCCUCAUAGUCAUUCCCAAGCUGAUGCUCUUCCAAAUCUGGCGACGCAUCUCCACCAACAGGUGCAUCAGCAUCAUCUUCUACCUCCCUGUCGGUGACGCCUGUGCCUAGAGGGUUUAGAGGCUGUCCGCCCGUCGGAACGUCCUUCGGAUGCUGCUGGUGCUGGUGCGUGAGCCUGGCCCUGUUCUUAGCUGCAUAUGUAUGAGGCGAUAUCAACAACUGACCCUUGCUCAGCAUUUCCACCGCUUUCGCCUCGCAGC